GAGUAGCUAUUGUUAGCUGAGGACCAACCAGCGGGUUGUGUCAAGAGUUUAUCCCACAGUCACCGCGUACCUGUUGAGCAUUUACACCGUCGAGUCACUGUCGAGGAACAAAAAAAAAACGAACCUCAGUCCCGAGGAAGGCGAGGAAAGGAAAGUAUUCCGCGGAAGGAAGGAGGAAAGUUGAGGAAAGAAGGAAGUAAAUAAGGACAACACGAACGUUGGGCUCGGGACUCAACAGGUACUUCAAUGUUAUAGCAGCGGCUCCGACUUUUUGUUUUUGUUUUCGCACGGAGAAAAAAACAAACAAAAACAACAACAAAAUGCCGCUUGGACCGUGGAGGAAGAAAAACAAGUCGACUAAGGAGCAUCUGGUGGACAACGAGGAGGUCAGCGGCGGACACGCAGGUGCCGGGAGCUUGGCUAAAUCCGCCGUGAACGGUGCGGCGGGGCUCCCGCCUCCACCUGCCAGCCUGCGGCCCAAACUGGUCUUCCACACGCAGCUGGCGCACGGAAGCCCCACCGGCAGGAUCGAGGGAUUUACCAACGUCAAGGAGCUGUACGCCAAAAUAGCAGAGGCGUUUAAUAUAAGCCCACCCGAGAUCCUGUUCUGCACCCUGAACACCCACAAGAUUGACAUGGACAAGCUGCUGGGGGGCCAGAUCGGCCUGGAGGAUUUUAUCUUCGCCCACAUUAAAGGGAUCAAGAAGGAGGUGGAAAUUUAUAAAUCUGAAGAUGCUCUCGGCCUCACCAUCACCGACAAUGGAGCGGGCUACGCUUUCAUAAAGCGUAUCAAAGAGGGAAGCGUUGUGGACGGGGUGAAAGUGAUCUGUGUGGGCGACCACAUAGAGUGCAUCAACGGAUGCAACAUCGUCGGGACGCGGCAUUAUGAGGUCGCCCGCAUGCUUAAAGAGCUGCCCAGAGACAAAUCCUUUACCCUCAAACUGGUCGAGCCGAUGAAGGCCUUCGAAAUGCUUGAGCCCAGGUCGAGAGGUGCCAAACCUGCCAGUGACAACAAGCUUGGCACGGGGAGGGGGACCCUGAGACUCCGCUCCAAGGGCCCAGCUACUGUGGAGGAGGAGCCAACAGAAUUUGAGGAGAAGGCGGUGAAGAAAGUGGAUGACCUCCUGGAGAGCUACAUGGGCAUCAGAGACACUGAGCUUGCUGCUACGAUGGUUGAGGUCGGCCGCGACAAGAAGAACCCGGAUGAAUUCGCCAUGGCGUUAGACGAGACCCUCGGAGACUUCGCUUUUCCGGACGAGUUUGUCUUUGAUGUAUGGGGGGCCAUCGGAGACGCCAAGCAGGGAAGAUUUUAAGUUUUCUCCUGCCUCCCAAACACACACACACACACAAACAUACUCCCUCCUUCCCCAACUCACCUCUUAACUACCCUCGGAAGCCAACUGGACAAACUUCAACCAGCACAAACAGGGCUCGUCCCUCCUCUCAUGCCAGAUGUAGCUUUGCACUUGGAUGGAGAGUCUUUAAGCAUUGGCUUCAGUCAAGUGGGUCUACAUAAGGAAUUUCACACGUCAGGGUUUCGGAGUAAUCUUGUAAAGAUAUCCAUGAAAUGUGGAAUGCAGUUUCCAACACUGGACCUGCCUCCUGCAUGCUGAAGAGCUCCAGGUGUUGUAUAAACCUUUUGUACACCACCUUGGAGGCAGGAUAGCUCUAAGCGCAUCGUAAAAGCUCAUGAUGCUGUUCUUCUGUCAGAGCAGCUAACCUAGUCUACAGUGGUCUAUUACACUGGUUAUAAAUGGUACGUGCACAACCUUAAAUUUUGAAUCACUCAGUUUUAAUCACACUUUAUAGCUGUGUAAUUUUGAGUAUACAGAUGUAUCACACAGCUUUUUAUAGGCUUUUUUUUAUAUGUGAAAAUGCUGCUGAUUUUACAGCAGCAGCAUUGUGUAAUUAUAGUGAUCGUAGCUAUAUUUUUCUCUCAAGCAACCUUUUUAUUUCCCUCCCAUCUUUUAAGAUCCUUUAAAUGACCUCAUGGUUAAAAAAGAAAAUGUCAGGGCUUUGACCACGCUUGCGUUGCUAAUGUUCGUUUACUUUGUGAUUUUCUUUAAACUUUUCUCUGUGCCCUUAAACAUCUCAUCGCUUGACCCUUGCGUCCAUCUGUCACAGACAAUACAGAGCAAUACAAAGAGGGUUUUAUGUUUAAAUGCCUUUAUCCGAGUUUGACGACACACAUUCCACCAACAUUCCUUAUGUUUCUCGUGUAGUUAUCGUCAGUUAGCGCUGUUAACAUGUCAUGAAAUGAGGCAUAUUAAGAGAAGCACGCUUUUUUUUUCUUUGCUGUAAUUUAUUUUACCAUGAAAAAUCAUAUGCUGUAAGACAUUUUGUACACUGAGACAUGACUCAGCAUUUUGGAGGCUGUGUCUGGAAUGGGAUCAAUUGCAAUCCAGUGUCUUAAAUAAAUGCACUCGCAUUAAUGUAACUGCACUAUUUAAAUCACUGUCAAACUGAAUUUAAAUAGUGACUUGAUUAGUGUCAUCUACUGAUGUUAACUGUUCACGGCAGUUUCAUAUUGUUUGACAAACCAUAAGGGAUCACUAUUGUUGGAUAGACAAUAAAAUUUGAAAUACUGUUAUAU